CGUCCAGGACAGUUAGCGAGCUAGUCGGACAUUAUCAGACACGUCUCAAGUUUCUACGCCUCCCAGGGGCAGUCAACUCGAGAGGGUGGGAAUAGGAUGGGAUGUGCUGCUGCUCCAAACUUUUCUAAAGCUCCAAAACUUCAGCACAGGUUGGGACAGUACUACCACAUCUGAUCCUACCCACUGACCUAAAUGUCUGAGUUAGGCUCCUUUGACAAUCCGGUUAAAUUCAAAGAUCAAGACUAUGACGUCCUGCUGCAGAAGUGCAUCAAAUCUGCAGUUCUGUUCUCAGACACGGUGUUCGCGGCGAACCAAAGCUCCCUCGGUAUUCCUGUGGAUCCUGACCCUAAAAAGGCAGUGAAGUGGCUGCGCCCAAAGGAAAUCACAAGUAAUGCUGUCUUUGUUGAGGGCACCAUGGGCACCACCGAUAUCUGCCAGGGCCAGCUGGGUAACUGCUGGCUGCUGGCGGCACUGUCCUGUCUCACCAUGCACCCGACUCUGUUUGUGAAAGUGGUUCCAUCUGGACAAAGCCUGAGUGAAUCCUACGCUGGCAUCUUUCGUUUUAGGUUCUGGCAGUAUGGUGAGUGGGUGGAGGUGGUAGUGGAUGACAGGCUGCCUGUGAGAGAGGGCCGUCUGCUUUUCAGCUACUCUCGCACCACCAACGAGUUCUGGAGCGCAUUGGUGGAGAAAGCUUAUGCCAAGCUGAUUGGUUCUUAUGGCAGUCUGAAGGGGGGAAUUAUCUCAGAGGGAAUGGAGGAUUUUACGGGGGGCAUUGCCUACUCCCUCCACGUGUCAUCUCGGCCCCCACGCAUGCUCUGGAGAGCCAUCACAGCUGCCCUGGCCAGGAGCAGUCUGCUCAGCUGCUUCAUACAGGCUGCGAGUGUGAAGGAGAUUGGCAGUGUGACUUCAGAGGGUCUUAUCAAAGGUCAUGCCUAUGCCAUCACUGAUACAGAUAAGGUCCAGAAGGCGUCUGAAGAGGUCCUGCUGCUGAGGCUGCGGAACCCAUGGGGGUUUGUUGAGUACUGUGGACCUUGGAGUGACAAGUGUCAGGACUGGGAUUUUAUAGAUGAUGCUCAGAAGGCCAGACUUGAGUUGGCCAAAGUUGAAGAUGGAGAAUUCUGGAUGGGAAUAGAGGACUUUUGCCGGCUGUUUAAUACAGUGGAAAUGUGCAGUGUGAAUCCGGACUCUAUGUCGGGGGAGGCGAGUGAUGACACGGACACCCCGUCCUGGACACUGAGCUCACAUCAAGGCACCUGGGUCCCAAUGUGCUCUGCUGGGGGCAGCCAUCGUUACCCAAGAUCUUUCUGGAAAAAUCCUCAGUUCCAGAUGAUUCUGUCUGAGAAAGAUGUGGAUGAGCAUGAUUAUGGAGAGGAUGAGGAAGGGGAGGAAGGAGACGGAGAAGACGAUGAAGAAGGUGUUGUGGUGGCUCCUGUGAGCAAGACUGAGAAACAGGGAGAGAAGAAGAAGAAGUGCACGGUCCUGGUGGAGCUUCUCCAGAAAUACCGCAGACAAAAAGAUAAAGUCCACUUUCUCUACAUCGCAUUUCACAUCUACAAGGUUCCCCUUGAGCUGCAGGACAAACCAGGAUCUCUGGACCAGCACUUCUUUUCCAACAACCGUUCAGUUGCUCGCUCUGGAAAGUACCGUAGCAUCAGGAGCGUGUGGCGGAAGGUGCACCUGGAGCCUAGCAGUUAUGUCAUCGUAGCCUCCACCUACAGGCCCAACCAGCAGGGGGAGUUCUUCCUCCGUGUUUACACCAAAACCGGCAACAUACAGGGGUUCCAGGAUUUCCCCUGCACCAACAACUACUCUGUGACGGUAAUGUCAAAGCCGGUCUUACCUGAGGAUCUGUUCAGAGUGCAGAAGUGGUUUGAUGAAAAGGCCGGAUCAGAUGACAGAGUGAAUGCUGUGCAGUUUAUGAAUCUGGUGAACUCAGUGUUGGAAAAAGAAUAUGAACUUCCUCUGGAGACCUGCAGACAGCUCAUCUUUGGGGAAGAUACUGGGGGCAGAGGCCGUCUGAACAGAGCUCAAGCAGAGAAGCUGCUCACCUCCCUACGCAAUCUGCAGUCUGUCUUUUUCCAGUUUGAUGAGGAUUCAUCAGGAACCAUGAGUCCGUUCGAACUCAGUUUGGCUCUGAAUGCUGCAGGUGUGGAGUGUGACAAUGUUGUGCUACAGCUGUUGUGGGAGAGGUUUGGCGCUGGUGAACAAUACCUGCCUUUCUGUGGCUUUGUGUCUUGUGUUGCCAGACUGCAGGUGCUCUUUGAUCUUUUUGAGUCGGAGACCAACCCCGAGUUGAAGGACAAGGGCAUCAAUGCUUGGCUCCUGAAGCUGUUGGCUGUGUGAGCCUGUCCAGACCCGACACCUCAGCGGGACAGACCUGCUAGGCCAAGACCACUCUGACGUCAUCCACCUGAGCCUACGUCUCCUACAUCUCCCCCUCUUCUCAUUUGUGAUCUGUGGACCUUUGUCCUGCAGUUACAUCCACCCACUCACGGCUCCAUCAGUUGGGGUCUAUGACCGUGUAGGUCAUUACUGCCUGGAUACAAAACAGCAUUUCGCAUUUCAUCCCCCUCGGCCCACCCUAACAUAAUGUGUAUGUGUAUUUGCAUUCAUAAUAAGCAAAACAUGUGAGAUAUUUUAACAGGAAUAUUUUACUCGUAAAUGACCAUUCUGUUAUCUUUUACUCACUCCCACGUCAUUCCGAACCCACAUGACUUUAUUUCUUCUGUGGAGCGCAAAAGAAGAUAUUUAGCAGGAUGCCCAAGCUGCUGUUUUAAUGAAAGUCAAUGGAGACCAGGGACAGUCGUGAUCACCAUUCACUUUUAUUGUAAGGAAAAGAGAAGCUCGGACAUUCUUCUUAAUAUCUUCUUUAAAGUGAUUUGGAUUUGAAAUCAAGGUAAAUGAUGAAAAGAAUGCGUUUAAAUCUAUAUUUUAAACCAAUUACCCACAUUUACCCAUGUCAAUUUAAUGUUAAUUUAGUGUGAUUUAGUGCCAGCAAAUUUGAUAUGUGAUUACUCAAAAUAUCAUGCAAUUAAUUGGAUUCAAAUUUUGAGUCAUUGAUUGCUUUAAUUAUUGGUGAGGCAUUAUGCAGUCAUAGAUUUGGAACAGUCAUAUCUGCUUUCAUAUGCUUUUAGAAGACGAGCAGGACUGUUGACUGUUGAUGCAUUUAAACCAGAGGAUCGUUAUUAUGCUUGUAACAAGGAGCCUAAUUGCAUUUUUUUUCUUUUUUCAUACAGCAUGAGUUGUACUUCCUCUUCUACCGUUUUCCCUCUUAGGAACAUUUAUGCAUCUCUGCUCAGUCUUUAAAAGUUGAGAAUGUUUUUUACUUCCAAAUAUAAAAGUACAAGUCAUAAUCUUU